AUGCUGCGGCGCCUCGGCAUGCUGCUCGCGAAGCCCAGGGUGGUACCGCGCCGACCGACUGUGCAUGCCACGAGUAGCUGUAAGAAGGGCAAACGGCGCUUUGAUCUGCUCCACGCUCUGCAGAAGGACCGUCAGCGCAUCGAGCGCAACCGCACGCUGCCGUGGCGUGAGAGGCUCGAUCAGCUCCGUGUGUACCCAUGGAAGCUCUUCUUUGCCUUUAUGGUGUUCUGGUCUUGGAUGGGGACGUACGCGGUGCCGUUCCUCAAAGGCAUGAAGCCCGGCGAGCUCCGCUCGAUUGGCGAGAGAAGACCGAUUCCAGCAGAGGUGCGGAGCAAGGCUGCACCGACGCCGCAGUUUGCGCACUUGAAGGAGCGGGAGUUGAAAGUGAGAGAAUGA